UUUGAUGUGUCAAUCAAAUGUGAUCAGAAACCUUGAGACUUGGUCCGUAGACCUUUUUUUUUCUUUGUUUAUUUUUUUUUUGGUUCAAUUUUUUGCCAAAAACCUGGUGAUUUUACGUUAAAACCGGGAGACCUGGAGAGUUGACAGGUAUGCUACUGACCUGGUUAAAACAGACUGGGGACUUUUAAAAUUCCUGGUGGAUUUUUGGCUUCCCCGUUACCUUCUAAGUUUUCAGACUCUCCAUGGCAGAGUUUUCCCUCAUACAAUUUCACUCUGACCUGAUGGCAUGGGAGACCCCCCUCUAUAUCUAAAAAAAAUCUUGGAAAUUAACGUCCGGGUUGACGAGCUUGUCGGCAAAAUUGCUGGGAUAAAAGCUAGCCUCGAGUUUUCUCAAAAAGAUAUAAACUAAUUAAAGCCGUCAAAGCUUGAGACAGCAGAAGACGGUAUUGGCCGGGUAAAAAACUCCCUGGAAUAUUUCGAGAACCAGUCCCGCCGAAAUAAUAUCCAGGUUUCAGGAAUAGAGGAGUCCGAAGGCGAAACAUGGUAUGACGCAGAGGUAAAGGUAAAAGAGGCCAUCAAAACCAAAUUUGGUUUUGAAAACGUGGAAAUAGAACGAGCUCACAGGGUUGAGAGCAGAAAGAAAGCCCGUGGAGACGAGCAGACAAAGCCAAGGACCAUCGUUUGCAAGCUCCGUGAUUGGAAACAACGCGAGGCCGUGAUACGGGAGGCGAGGAAAGUCAAGCCUGAAGGCCUGUACAUAGCGGGAAGACCUGGCGAGGGCUACUCUGAUGAAACGUGAAGGCCAAAUCCCCAAGAUGAAGGGAGCAAGGAAAGCGGGCAAGUUGGCAUAUUUUGUCUUGGAUCGCUUGGUUAUAAAAGAAAGGAAGAACGCUGAAUCUCCAGCCGGCGAAUAGUGAGCUAAGUAGCAGCACUUGUAGUUUCAUUCCUCUUUGCGAGGUUUUGCCUUUUUGUCAUCUUACAGAUGAGGAUCUUCAACUAGCGCUCUAUGAGCAACAAAAUGGUUCAAUUAAAUUUGAUCCGGACAGAUUGGCUUGACUAAAAUUUAACCCAAUACUUUCUGAAAGUACCAAUCGAUUAAGCCUAAAUGAUAAUGAUCCCGAUCCCUUCAACUGCGAUUAUCUGUGGUUCUUUAGCACUCAAUACUGCUUCCAUCCUGGAUUCUGUGGGACCAAUCCCCUUGCUAGACAAGACAUAGCCCAUAAAUGUCAGUUCUGAGAUCCUGAAAACACACUUCUCCUUAUCCAGAUUAAACCCUUGUUCUCCAGCAGAUCAAGAGUCUUCUGUAGCUUUGCAUCAUGUUCCUCCAAAGUGCGAUUAUGUCGUCGUGAAUAUUGAAGGCUCGCAGCUUGACAAUACUUGCUGCACGAUGUGCUGGUAGAGUUCUGGUGCAGACGAUAUGCCAAAUAUGAGCCGCUUGUGCUUUAAGAGACCUUCGUGUCAGAAAUGUGGUGAUAAUCCUAGACUGCUCAUCCGAUUCAAUCUGAUUGAAGCCCCACUUGAAGUCUAGUUUGCUGAAUGUAAUGUACUCCCAUUUGAGUUGUACAGAAUAGCAUCCACAGUGGUUAUCGGGUGCCGUUCCCGUACCACAGCCUCAUUAGCCAUUCUCAUGUCAACACAUAGUCUUAUUUCUCCAUGGUCUGGGUAUUAUAACUGGGCUAGCCCAAGAUGUAGGCCCUGACACUUCUCAAUGAUGUCAAGGUUCUUGAGCUCCUCAAGCUUCUGGUUUACCUUGCCUCCUAACCCGAAAGGUAUGGGUCGUGCUUUCUUCGCAAAAAGUCUUACAGACUAGUCAACAUGUAUCUUAGCUUGGAUUUUUUUUAAUUUUCCCACUCCAGUAAAACACUACUUGUAUUCUUCGAACAGUUCAUCCUCUUAAACCGUAUUCACUUGCAUCCGCAGAUUUCCUAGCAUUUCACUGGUCUGUCUACUCAGUAUAGGUCUUGCCAAGGCGUUCUGUCAAUAACAUUGCAUUUAGAUUCAGAAUCCACCAGUACUCCCUCUAGUUCUACGCCUCCCAGCUCCGUAUCAAUGGCUACGCACCCUUGUUCUUAUGUGACUGCAAACGCAUACUCGUCACUCUCUCCGGUAAGCUGGUGUACGGUUCCUUUCUUUUGCUUAAAGUUCUUGCUAUUUUGCUCUUUGCUUUUGCAAACUCUGGAAAAAUGACCAAUUUUGCCGCAUUUAUUACACAUCCAGCAUCUGGCUUCACACUCUGGGUCUUUACUCAAGUGUCCUUCCAAUGCCACAGCGAUGGCAGUGUUUGCAUUUUCCUUUCUCCUUUUCCUCUCUUCCUCUUAAAGAGUUGACUUUCCCUGCUGUCUUGAAGCUGUUAUGCUAUAGAUUUCGCUUAACUUUCUGCAGCUUCCAUUGCUCUAGCAAGCUCUUGAGCGCGUUUCAGCGUCAGCGCUUCCCAGGAUUAGAGAAAUUUCUUCCGUAAGUCGUGUGACUUGCACUUGUCGAUGAAUUGAUCUCUUAUGUGUUCCGUUUUUUUGUCACCGAAAUCACAAUUAUCCGCAAUUUGGGACAGUCUCGUGACAAACUGGUCUACCGUUUCGCGUUCCUUAUGUUUCCUUUGUCUGAAACAAUGUCUCUCGUAAGGCACGUUGAUUUGCGGGCUAAAGUAGCUGUCGAGUAUUCUAAUAUCACUUGUCUCCGGUUGGCGCCUUUUCUAAUGGGUCGGUUAGCGUUAAAAAUAUCUCUUGCACGUCUAUUCGUGCACAAAGUAGUAACAAUGCUUUCUUUUUCGAUUCUUUCGUGAUAUCUUUUCCCUCCAAAUAGUAUUAAUUGCUGUCGAAGGCCGAAAUACUACCAAGCUCAAGGUUCAUCACUCUCGGAUUCUCCCCUGCUUUUUCCUCAGAUAUUUCUUUAGCCUUUCUCCGGGUUUCUUUAUAAAGAAUCCCAUCACUUUUCGCCAAUUAUAGCAUUUGUAAGCACAACUGUUUAUAACAUGCCUCGACCACCUGCUACAACGAACGAACAUCCUAUAAUAUACUCCUAACACAGGGAGACCAGUCACAACACAGUAGCCCGGACACUACAGAUGCAACGAAUGGCACCAAUCCCUGAGCUUGCUUUUUUGCAAACAUUUUCAAUAUGACUUUCAAAAGAUACUUUGUUAUCAAUUUACACCCCUAAACAUUUUUGAGAUUCCACGCGGCAAAUCUCUAUGUAAAUGGUUGCCAAAGGAUCAAAUUUGUUAUUAAUGUUGUAGUUUUUUGGAUGAGAGAGCCAAUCACAAAUAUUUUUUUUCAAAUCGGUAUUUAAGUUAUUUUCCAAACCCAUCGAGUCAUACGACGAUGUAUAUUAUUUGGAAGAUCGUUAAUAUAUACAGUGGAACCUCUAUACAACGGACCUGUAUUGAGCGGACACCCUCUAUUUAGCGGACAGCAUUCAAAGUCCCGAUAUUUUUUGCCACUUAAUUUCAGUAAAUCAUACCUCCAUUAAGCGAACACCUCUAUAACGCGGACGCGGACACAUUUCACGGUCCUACAUAUCAAUCAAUCUUGCUUCGAAAACUCUCGUUUACAUAAUAUUACAUUGCAUACCAUAUUUGGUAGUGCGCAUCAAUCAUUGUUUACGUCGAGAAUUUUCACAUAAACUUGCAGGGAUUCAUGUUUACUGCGAUUUUGUGGGCCGCCAUUUUGAAACAGGCCCAGGCCUUAGCGUUUUUAGAACUUCACAGAUAUCCCGCGCGCUCACCCCAGGCUCUAAGACCAUUUAAAAAAGCGACUUCAAAGUGAAUGACAUGCAUUUAAAUCAAUAGGAAUUUGAAACUUACUAACGCAUGGUUGCAUUUUAAGGCAUAUUCAUUAGUGAACACGGGAACGAAAUGCACGGCUAUCGUAGAGACACUGCAAGGUCGCGCAAAGGCUAUAGGGAAAAAUAAUUUUGAGCAAAGGAUCUUGGGAACGCUUUUUCAAGCUGCCUCUGUGACGCUUUUAGCAUAGAUAACAAUUCUAAUAUCACGAAAUAUUUGGAAUAAAGUUUCCAUUUUUACAUGACAUUCGUUAGACUGUUUUCAAAAUCUCUGCGAAAAUAACCUGUUCUAAUUGGUUUUCUUAAUUCAUGCGCGUAAUGCGUCAUCAAUUGUAAUUAACGCUAAUGCGCUGUCAAAACGCCCCGAGGAGUAUAUAACUUCUUUGACGUGACAACUUUAGUUAAGAAAUGUCACAUCACGAAGAUUUAGCGAUUGAAGUUGGAAUGGAAACGACCGAGAAGGGAGUUGUGUGGAACGAGCCACCGGAUGACUUGCCACACGAGGAAUGUAAAUCGGACGAGAACGAGGGAAAAGAGAACGACAAGUACGAUCUAAACCUGAAGAAGGACGAUGACAAGGCAGAUCUGAACCUGAAGAAGGACGAUGACAAGGCAGAUCUGAACCUGAAGAAGGACGAUGACAAGGCAGAUCUGAACCUGAAGAAGGACGAUGACAAGGCAGAUCUGAACCUGAAGAAGGACGAUGACAAGGCAGAUCUGAACCUGAAGAAGGACGAUGACAAGGCAGAUCUGAACCUGAAGAAGGACGAUGACAAGGCAGAUCUGAACCUGAAGAAGGACGAUGGCAAGGCAGAUCUGAACCUGAAGAAGGACGAUGACAAGGCAGAUCUGAACCUGAAGAAGGACGAUGACAAGGCAGAUCUGAACCUGAAGAAGGACGAUGACAAGGCAGAUCUGAACCUGAAGAAGGACGAUGACAAGGCAGAUCUGAACCUGAAGAAGGACGAUGACAAGGCAGAUCUGAACCUGAAGAAGGACGAGGACAAGGCAGAUCUGAACCUGAAGAAGGACGAUGACAAGGCAGAUCUGAACCUGAAGAAGGACGAUGACAAGGCAGAUCUGAACCUGAAGAAGGACGAUGACAAGGCAGAUCUGAACCUGAAGAAGGACGAUGACAAGGCAGAUCUGAACCUGAAGAAGGACGAGGACAAGGCAGAUCUGAACCUGAAGAAGGACGAUGACAAGGCAAAUCUGAACCUGAAGAUGUGCGAGGAGGAUAAGACCGAAGAAGAUAGAGUAGAUCCUCCUGACACCGAAGAAGAGAAGAAGGACGAAGAUAAGGAAGAUGCUUCUGAUGGCGAAGAGAUGGACAUCAAGGAAGAGUUGGCUAGGCUACAGGAGAAAUUCCAGCAAGUCUGCAAGGAGAACGAACUUCUGAACGACACGAGAAAAGCAUCUGUGAACGCGUACGCGGACCUUCUUCAGGCUACACGUGCUUCCGAAAUGAGCGAGGCACGUGACCGCCAAGUCCUGCAAGACAAACUCAAGGAAGUCGAGUCUAAGCUGGCUGAAUGCACAAGCCAGGUUGCCGAUCUGACCGCUGCUAACGACAAGCUUACGAGAGAUAACACUAAGCUUGUGCAGGCCAAUCUUGCCAAAAACGAGGUUAUUGAAAGCUUGCAUGCUCAGCUCUUGGAGGCCACACGCAAGAAGCCCUCCCGAUGGCAGAGAUUUAAGCGCCGAGUAAGGGCGUUGUUCGGCUGAGCCUACCAGAGUCGACAAGCGCCACAUCUUUUUGUAUCUUUUUUUUUUUUGAGGUUGCGCAAUGCGUGCAAGUAUAAUAUGAAUUUUUUAGACUUUCAAAACAAAUGGACUAAAAUAAUUGAUAGAAUUCUCUCUCCCAUUUGUACCUUCUUUUCAUAUAGUAGAUUGAUGAAAAAAAAAUCAGCCGACGACAUUUGCGGGAGAGAAAACGUAACUACCUAUUUUUUUAUAGUUUUAUGAAUACUUCUUGGCCGGGGAAAUACCGGCUUAAGCAUGGUGGCACAUUCAAAUAAAAUCCAUGCGCGAUUGAUUCUGUCCUGAAACUUAUGAUUAUAUGGUCACAUUCAGCGCCCUAUAGGGUGAAAGUUUGGUGCCUUUUCUACCGUCAAAAUCCAAACGAUUCUGUUUCUAGUUUUCCCGCAAAUGGCUAUGUGCUUUAUUCAGUAUUUUUUCAUUCACAUUUUUUUAAUGGCUGAUUUGGCUUUAAUUACACAAACAGUUAUUUUUGUAUCUCAUUGCGCAACCCCAUGAAACAUUAUGUAUGAAAUUUCUUGUUCUCAAAACUAUGUAUGAAAUUUCUUGUUCUCAAGUCUCUAGGCGCUUGCUUCUCGCCAGAGAAGCUACUGCACAUGUACAGAGUUUGAUUGUUAUUUUGUAAAUAAAUGGCGAAAACAAA